AUGUCACCAGAUCAUCACGGCCCUAAAAAUGGUGCUCGGCAAGACUCAGAAUUGGAAACCGGCGUAAACAGACCACCGACAUCGCCCGUCUCACGCGCAUUGUGGAACUUUUCGUCGCAAUGGUUUCUUGUUCCCCAAGGAACUGGUAUCAUAUCUUUGAUUCUUCAUCAACUAGACUAUCAGUUUCGGGGACUGGCGAUUAUAUCCGUCAUCGCGUGGAUUUACACUAUCGCAUUAUUGACGGCGGGCGUAUCACUCUACCUACUCCGAGUUCUCAUGUACCCUCGACAUGUCGCUCAUGCGCUGCGAACAAGUAUGAUUGAGACCGCAUGCCUCGCUAGCAUUUCAAUUACAUUCACAUUGAUUAUCCAAAUGAUCGUUCUUGUGCUCGUUCGCCAGUGGGGAUCGGCCUGGGGUAUUGUCGCAUAUGUUCUCUGGUGGAUCAAUACUGCUAUGGCUGUUAUAUCAGUAAUGGGAAUCCCCUAUUUCUUCGUCAAAGUCCAGUCACCUGGUGUCAAGGCAGUCACACCUUGUGUGCUUCUCCCAUUAAUUGCAGCUCCGACUUCGGCUGCUGGCGGGGGUGUCAUAUGUCGAUACGCGCUCUCAGUGACCGUCUACAAGUUCCCGUCAUUAUUGUCUCUUACCUUGAAAUCAUUCCCACCCUUGGAACAGAUAUAUCAGGAUAUGAUUCUGUGUGGCCCAUUUGGACAAGGAAGCUUUGCUUUGCAAGCACUCGGCCAAGCGGUUUUACGAGGAAGCUUCGCGGGUUAUGACCAAGGCACAUUCUUGACUGCCGAGGCUGCUAAGCCCAUUGCUUUCACAAGUCAGUUCGCCGGCCUGCUAGCUUGGGGCUAUGGCACAUUCUGGUGGAUCUUUGCUAUAAUUAGUAUCAUACAUACCUGUAUCUCCCAGCCAGGAGGUAUACGACACUCACAUUUCACAUUGUCUGCCUGGGCUCUCGUCUUUCCCAUGGGUGUAUACACAAACGCUGCCGUGCAGUUGGGUAAGAUUAUGGAUUCUCCGGCCUUCAAGGUAUGGUCCACGGUACUACUUCUAUUGCUUGUCAUAAUCUGGGCUGUGAACCAUAUCUUCACUAUCAAAGGGAUGAAUACCGGGGAGAUCUGGGGCACCAGAUGGACAGACUAG